GUCUUGCAUGAUGAACAUGAUAUAAAUCAUUGGGAGAACAAUGUAUCAAGGAAAGAAAUUACACACAGUACAACCAUCACGAUUGUUUCUUCUCUUCCAUUCUUCAUUUUUUCCAUAAAUAAAUAUAAAAAAAAUAUAUGGUAGAGAUUCAGCAUUUUGCACAUCACUGUACCUCGUCCUUGUCGGAGACAGCAGGGAUCGAUGGAACAUGCAGCUUGUGUUUCAAAGAAACAUCCAUUCAUUACACUUGCCAUGCCUGUGGCUUUGAACUCUGUAAGUCUUGUUUCAAGCUCUCUGAUACAAAGUUAACUCACGGUCUUCAUCCUCAGCAUCUUUUACAUUUCCAUCUCCGUCAAUCCGAUGAAAAACCUCAAUCAUUCGUAUGUUGUGGAUGUGGGUUCGUCUCCGCCGGAUCUUACUACGAAUGUAAAGAGUGUGAGAUCAAGAUUGAUCUCGAGUGCAUUUCCAAGGAAAUCGCUCGAGAAUGGGAAGAGAAAUCGAUAUACCAUUACAGCCAUAGGCACAUGCUCCGCUUGUGUAGGCUCGGAGCGGAUUUCAGCAGUUCUUGCCUGAUGUGUGACGGUGAUGUGUCCUGCACGACAAGAUGUUAUGGUUGUGUUUAUUGUCUAUACUUUAUCCAUGAAUGGUGUAUUGAUCUUCCACGGGAGAUUCGACAUCCCGUUCACCCGCCUCAUUCUCUGAGGCGCCUUAACUACGUUCAGCAUGGAGAACGUAAAAUCAUUUGCAAUGCUUGCCAAGAUAUGAUCUAUGGAAUUCCCUUUGGUUGCAUAGAAUGCAAAUUUAACCUCCACAUAGAGUGUGCUGAUUCUCUGUUACGUGGUUUGGAGCACGAGUCUCACUCGCACGCUCUGUUUUAUGUGGCUAGAAAUGCUUUAUACGCAUUCACCAGGGAAAAACCCUGCCACAUAUGCAAGAGUUCUGGAAAGUACUUCAAGAACUCAUACUACCGUUGUGUGAAAUGCGAUUUGAACUUCCAUUUAGAGUGUCUAAAGCUACCGAGUCUUCUCUCGAGUAGAUCUCGCCACCCGCACCCUCUUUGGUGCAAAACGUUUGACGAGUCUUGCGACAACCAUUGCGAAUUUUGCGAGACAGUGAUUAGCGAUGGAAGUCAUGCUUACUACUGCAAGGAAUGCGAGUUUUAUGCCCAUGUCGAAUGCAUUUUUCGCAAGGAAAAGCCCUCACCAAUGUACUUGCGAAGUUUAUAUUCUUACGAUGCUGAAGAUGUGUCAAGAGGGAAUGAAGGAACUGAUGGAGGGUCCUACAGCGGCGACACGGAUGGAGACCAGCUAAAGAUUUUUGAUGUCACGCACACUCAUAUGUUGCAACGUUUUGAUGACAUGGGGGGCGUUUCCAACACAUCUUGCUCGGUGUGUAAACAUAAACUAGACAUCCGGGCGUAUAGAUGCGUGUUUCAUGUGUCGGGAAAAUGCGAAUUUGUGGCACAUGAAGCAUGCGCGAAACUUGGACAACAAUCAACACGUAGGUUUCAUAGGAGCCACCCUCUCACGCUCCUGCCAGUACCUCCGGCGCAGAACAUGGAAUGCGAUAUGUGCAAAAAAGCUUUCAAGGAUUUCAAUCUGUUCUGUCGCACAUGCGAUUAUGUCAUCUGUCUGAGAUGCGCGAGAGGAGAUACAAGGUUGGUGCAGAAAGUGGCAAGAGGGAAGAAAACAUGCAUGGCUGGUCAUAACUUGGUUCAAUUCUUCGAAAGGUCAAAACCGGUCGAUUGCAGUAUAUGUGAUGAGAUUGUGCAUGGAAAAGGCUCGGCAUGUCCCCAAUGCGAAGAAACAUAUCACGACCAAUGUCUUCAACUCGUGGGACAAAGUGUGGUCCGCCCAUCACAUUCGCCCUAUCAUUCCCUCUACCUUCGGGGAUCGAAUGGAGGAAUGCGUUGCGCAGAUUGCAGACGAAAGGUUCGUAACUACGGGUAUAUAUGUACCGAUGAUCCGUGUAUGUGGGGGCCCAUUUUUUACCACGUGAAGUGCCCCGAGGCAACGCUAGAGGUCGAAUGUCACGAACACAAUCUCCGUUGCUUCAGGGCUCAUAUCGAUCAGAGCGGCUCAAUAACGAAUCUGGAAUGCAACGCUUGUAGGAAGCCGUGUAACGUUGAUUGCUUCUACGGAUGCGAGAAGUGUAGCUUAAGCUACCAUGUGGAGUGCCUUGGAUUGCUGGUUCACGCUAAGUACAAGGAGUUUUUCUGGCAUAUCAUGAGGCUCAGAUAUUCAUUGACCGACAUGCCAAGUAGUCUCAGAUGUGACAGGUGUAAGUCUCCUUUUGAUCCAGUGGGUCCUGCUUAUAAAUGUGAACUCUGCGAUUGUGCUCUACACUUGGAAUGCUUGCUCCCUCUGGAUAAGGAUGACAUAGCUCUGACAAGAGAGGAGCGUGAUCUUGAGCUCGUGAAAUCGCUAAAGGUGUACGAUCGAGAGACUCAGAAAGACUAUUGCACGAAAGAUGUGCUUGAUCGAAGAGACGUGUCUGAAAGGAUCUCGGCACUUGAAAAAUCAGAAUUCUUAAUGCACCUUCAUGCAGAAUGUGAGGCUAAUUGGAACGCCACAGUUACCAAGUCAGAUUUCUUACGGGCACUACUUAAGGGAGGCUCGAAAAUGAGACAUGUCGAAGAAGCGGUAGAUAUAGGGACUUCUAACCAAGCCGGAGAGAACGAUGAGACGGAUCAUUCGGAAUCUUCUUUGGAGAGCGGUGAUGAAACAAACCAUUCCGAAUCUUCUUUCGAGAACCAUUCGGAACAAUUUCCGGAGAACCAUGACGAGUCCGAUCAUACGGAAGCUCCUUUGGAGAGUCGGGACGGGUCGAAUCAUACAAGGAGACAAGAUCACGAACCGAAUCAAUCAGAAGAUCCUUUGGAGAGUCGGGAUGAGCCGAACGAUACAAAGUGGAGACAGGAUGAACCGGAGCAUUUUGAAGAUUCUUUAGAGCGUCAAGAUGGAUCGGAGAUUCAUUUGGUAAGCGAGAACGAGGAAAAUAAUAUGGAAAGACGGGAGGAGCCGGAUCAUACAAAGAGACGAGAUCAUGAACCGAAUCAUUUGGAAGAUCCUUUGGAUAGAAGGGACGAGCCGAGUCUUCUUGAAGAUUCUUUAGAGAAUCGGGAUGAGUUGGAAAGCGAGAACGAGGAAAACAAUAUGGAAGAGAUUCGGGACGAACACGAUCAUUCGAAUAAGCAUGAAGCACCGUUAGAAAGCCAAGGCGAAUCUGAUCAUAAAGAUGGUUCUUCAGACGAGCUGAAUCGUCGUUCGGAAGCCCCUUUGAUGAACAGGAUGGGCCGAAGCAUUCGUAAGCUCUUUCGGAGGUUGUUUUAGCCAUAAGACUAGGUAACAAGCUUAAAAAAUUGAGGGCAAGCAACAUUAUAACACGUGUCCAAUCUUAAUGAACAAGCUUAAUUCCGACAAAACCGUGGAUGGAUCGAGGUGUUUCGGUAAUGUUCUGGAAUGUUACAGGAUGAUCAGUGGGGAAGAAGAACUAAGGAGGAGGGGGAGAAGGUUCGAAAACUGGAGAAAAUCACAAGCAUCAGGGUUUCGAAUGCUCUUUUAAAUUUUGUUUUUGUAGAAUGAUGCGAAUUUCCUUCUGGAACCAGGGAAGCAUCUAUCUACACGCAAAGUCGGAAUAUCAUUCCGUACUUGUGUUCGUAUAAGUAUAUAUGCCAUGUCGCAUAUAUCAUCAUCA